GGGUUUUGAGAGUUUUGGAGAAAAUCCCGUUUUUUUUUUUUUUAAAACAAAAAGAUACUGGGGUGUGCGGAGAAAAAUCCCAUUAGUUUUCUCUUCAUUUUUCUCGAAAUUAACUCCUAUUUGAUAAUAAUUUUGUUUAUUUUUUCAAAAUUAAAUGGCUUUGUCAACAUUUAGCUCAAAUGAAAAGGAGAUCUUGAAAAUCAUCUCUUCGUAGCUCAUAAAAUUUGAUAGAACUGUGAAGACACGUUUUAACUGUUGAGUUAUGUUACUGAGAAAGGAAAAAACACACAUGAAUCAGAUCCAGAUGCAGAAGUAAUAGCGAUGUCUCCAAAGUCUCUGAUGACGAAGAAUCGGUUCAUCUGCGAGAUAUGCAACAAGGGAUUUCAGAGGGAUCAGAACCUGCAGCUACACCGCCGCGGGCACAACCUACCGUGGAAACUCCGACAGAGGACAAGCAAGGAGGUGAGGAAGAAGGUGUAUGUGUGCCCGGAGAAGAACUGCGUGCACCACGACCCGGCGAGGGCGCUCGGCGACCUCACCGGGGUGAAGAAGCACUACAGCCGGAAGCACGGGGAGAAGAAGUGGAAGUGCGAGAAGUGCUCGAAGAAGUAUGCAGUUCAAUCGGACUGGAAGGCUCAUUCCAAGAUAUGUGGGACAAAGGAAUACAAAUGUGACUGUGGGACUCUCUUCUCCAGGAAGGAUAGCUUCAUUACACACAGAGCAUUUUGUGAUGCAUUAGCAGAAGAAAACUCAAGAAUCACCUCAGUUUCAGUUCCAACUAUGAAUAAUCAUCAUCAUCAUAAUCCAUCUUUCAUAAACAACACCACUCUUCAAAACAAUAAUCCCCACCACCAUUUUUCUUCUUCCUCCUCUUCAUCACUGCUUAAUUUCCAGCCAAAUUUCGCUGUCGCCGCUGCGGCCGUGAACAGUUUCUCCAUCAUUCCCGACCAUGGCAGCGACUCGAAGCCGCCGCCGCAGGUCCCCCUCUGGCUCGACUCUCCAACGAACCCGAACUCGAACCCUUUUUUCUCCGACCACUCACCCUUCAUGCCGGAAAAUCACCCUUUCUUGUCGGAGCCGUUACCGACAGCCUCGUCGUACUCGGUAGCGGCCGUGGUGACGCCUCACAUGUCGGCCACGGCGCUCCUGCAGCAAGCCGCCCAAAUGGGGCCCACCGCUGCCGCCGCGUCGGCGAUAUAUGGGAUGAACUCCGCCGGUCUAUUGAACCACAAGAAUAUUUUCCUGCCGCCGCAAGACGGAGCUGACGGCGUCCACCGGCUAAUGGGCGGCGACGGUGUGUUGAAGGAGGAAAUUAAUGGGCAGAGUUUGACCAGAGACUUUCUUGGAGUUGGAAAUCAGCUGGUGCACCUCCCGCCGGUGGGCUCCAAUGGCGUGGAGAUUAGCCAUUACAGCGAGACCCGCCGCCAUUAGAGAGAAACCUUUCGGCUGCACAAGAAGAGAUAUAUACUUCAUGUAAUUUUAGAUUUUUUUUUCUUUUUUUUUUUGGGUUUUUAGUUUUCUUAAUUAAGUUUUUAAAGGUGACACAGAUGGAACAAGAAAAUUAUCCCAACGAAUUAGGAUUGGAAGUUUUCUUUUUAAUAAACAAUGGAGUUUUGGCCUUUAUGUUUUUUGAUUAUAUAUAUUAUUGGUUUGGACAGAAAAAA